UUUUUUCAAAUAAAGAUAGAAAUUUUUCUUGUUCAAGAAGCUUGUUGAUAGCUUUUAAUCAUCUCUGUGAAAAAAUGAUGCAAAGAAGAGUCCAGAACCUCGAUUUAUUUUCUUGUCAAAUAGACAAAGGGGACAACGAACUGGGGCUUUGUACUUGUAUCUUCUUUGAUCCAGCAGAUGAGGAUGGAAAGGAACCAGGGGUUUUUAUAACUGAAAUUAUUGAAGGAGGUGCAGUUCACAAACUUGGAUGUAUCCGUGUAUUUGACCAGAUUAUUAAAAUAGGUGACAUCAAUCUAAUUGGAUUGGAUGAAGCAGAAAUCGUCUCUACUUUUAAAAAAAUGGACGAUUCUCCUUUCCAGAUUGAAAUUGGCCGCGAACCACCUGAAGUCAAGUCAGAACUUAUCGAACUCCUUGAGUUGUCAGAGGAAAGGAAGAAAUAUUUUAUGGAUUCGCUCAUAGUACAGGAAAAAAUUGGAGAUAUCACUAUUGUGAGAGGACAAGCAAGUAUUUGUAGAAGUCCAAGAGUACCAUGGUUCUGGAUGGCCAGUGACCUGAAAUUUGUUAUUGGGGUACUGAAAAUAUUAAUAGAAGAAGAUCAGGGAUGUAGAAAAGACAUCCAAGCUAUCUUUGAGCAGGCUAACAUUUUUCAAGACAAUUAUAAAGACAUGAACACAUACAAUGUGAAUAUGGAACAGAAACCUGAUGAAUCAGAUAAAGAAGGCACAUUUUUACCAUUGGCCCCAGAAGAAGAAUUUUUACUAGGACAAUUUAAAAUAAAGCCUAAAGAGAUAAAAAAUGAAGAUUUAUCACCAGAGCAAUUAUUAGCCCAAGGGGAUUUCAAUUCAGGUAAGACAUAUAUCCUUGCUCAAAACAUUUGACCCUAAAGUUUUCUGAUAGAAAAGAGAAAUUUGGAACAAAUGUUUCCAUCACUCACCGAAUAUCUGGUCUCUAUUUCUUUUCCCUUCAUAUCUCUAAUAAUGAGAAUGUUAGCUGCUUUAUAAGGCUUUCUCAACUAUUGGUGAUCCCUCUCUUGGUGAUUGAACUAUAAGGGACAUUGGAAAUAUUCUACUAUAACAUUUUAAUUGCUAUAGAAAUCUAUCCUAUAUGUAAGUCAGAAUAUCAUUUAGAUUCUGCCUCAAAAUAUGCAGUGAUAAGAAACUCAUUUUCUCAACAUCCAGGCCACACUAUUGCUAAAUUACUUAAGCUUUUAGAAAAUAUUUCAGUACAAUGUUUUUCCUAAGGCUUUUUUUUAUAAUUUAGUCCUUUUCCCUUCUUUUGAAAUAAUACAGAAAAAGAUCUUGUUCCUCUUUCCCGAUUACUAUCCAUUUGACCUAUAAAAUCAACUUAUUUUCCACCUAAGUCAUGAUCAUGUUUAGCCUGAAAACAAUCUUUAUAUGAUUUCUUAUUACAUCCUUGGGACAUGGUUUUGUUUAGAGUCUAUUAUCCAUCCUACUUUAAUGACAUCCAUUUUAGUUUAUCAACAUUCUGUUGGUCUCAUUGCAACAAAAUCUUUUUUUAAUUCAAUUACUUACAGGAAUAUUUUUGGCCAUUUCUUUUGACAUUUUAAAAUUCAGAUACCCCCAUCUCCCUUUCCCUACCUGAGGGGGUUAAGAAUCUGAUAUAGGUUAUACUCAUACUAUCAUGUAAUACAUAUUUCCAUAUUGUUCCCAUCAUGAUAAAGACACAUAACACACAUAUUCACUAGAAAUCUCAUAAAGAUUUAUAAUAUAACUUAUAAUUUAUAAUAUAACUAUUAUAGUAGAAGAUGUCAAGUUUUGAUCUACACUCAGAUUUUUUUUUGUAGCUUCCUUGACCAUUGAUAGUAUGUUCUUCAUCUGUUACCUUGGAAGCUUAAUGUAAAUGGUUUAGUCCUUCACAGUUGAUCAUUGUAUAAUAUUUCUGUUAUAGUCUCUAGUUAUGGUGGUUCUGCUCACUUUUUCUGAAUUCAUCCUGUUCAUUGUUCCUUAUGGCAUAAUAGUAAUCCAUUACAACCAUAUUCCACAGCUUGAUCAUUCAACCACUAAAUAAUGGACAACCCCUCAGUUUCCAAUUCUUUACCACUAUAAAAAGAGCUGAUAAUAUUUUGGCACAGUUAAUUCCUUUUAUUCUAUCUUUGAUCCAUUUGGGAUCCUGAACCUUUAGUGAGAUUGUUGUAUAGACCUUUGGGUAUUGUUUCAUAUAAGUCUCUAGAAUGGUUGUAUCGAUUCGCACUAUCACCAAUGAAGUUUAUUAGUGUUCCAAUUUUCCCACUUCCCCUUCAACAUUUAUCAUUUUCCAUUUUGGUCGUGUUAGCUAAUCUGAAGUGGGUGAGAUCAUUUUUCAGAGUUGGCUUAAUUUUCAUUUCUUUCAUCAAUAGUGAUUUGGAAUUUUUUAAAAUAUGACUAUGUAUAGUUUUAAUCUCUUCUGAGAAAUGCCUAUUCAAAUCCUUUGACCAUUUCUUAAUUGAGGAAUGUUGUGUAUUAUAAAUUUGACUCAGUUCUCUUUAUAUUUAAGAAAUGAGACUUUUGUCAAAUACUUACCAUAAAUUUUUCCUCAGAAUUUUUUUCAUUUCUAAUCUUAAGUACAUUUGUUUUAUUUGUGCAAAACCUUUUUAAUUUAAUGAAAUCAAAAUUCCCUUUUAAUCAAGUAUGCCGAUGGUUUAUUUAUUUUAUUUUUUCAUAAAACAAACUAUUUGUCUUAUUUUAUUAGUUCUAUGGUUUUCUUACUUUCAAUCCAUUCAUCCCUUGCUUGAUUUUCAUGAUUUCCAAUUUGCUGUUUAAUUGAGGAUUUUUAAAUUUGUCCUUUUCUAGGAUUUUUAGUUGUAUCACCAAUUCGCUUAUGACCUGCUUUUUCUCUACUUUACCUGAUAUAAGCAAUAAGAGAUGUGAAUUUUCCUCUAAGUACUGCUCUGGCUACAUCCUAUAAAUUUUGAUAUGUUGUCUCCUUAUAAUCAUUGUCUUUAAUGAAAUUAUUGAUUGUUUCUAUGAUUCAUUCUUUGACCCAUUUAUUCUUUAGGCAAAAAUUUGUUUACAUCUAUCAUCUAUGUAUAUGCCAUAUACAUAUAAAUUUAUUUAUUGGCAAAUAGAGAAGGUUUCCUAUUUUGGCUAUAAAUAUCACUUGUAUAAAUGGUUCAUUAGAAAACACCUUUUUCCUGGGUACCAUCAAUUACUUGCAUUCCUUUUGCAUUGUGAAACUGUGAACAUUUGGAGUAUCACUGUCAUUGCUAACAGAAGGAAAUCUGGUUCAGCCUUAUGAAUCUGAGAUCUGGAAGAAUGAACACUGGUGAAUUGAGCAACAGUUGGAAAAUGAAUGCUGUACUUCAGGGGCUGACUUUUUUUUGGCUGCCAAGUACCAUUAAUAUGAUUGUUGUUCAGAGAAUAUUAGAACCUCUGGUGUGAGGGCUUGCUGAACACUUUUCAGGGCUGCUCAUCUGCCUUUGGUGUCUAGUUGUCACCCAGCUCUCACUUGUGGUUCCAAGAAGCUGUAGCAUGUGGAGCAGCCUGUUAAAACUGAACAGAUUGGUUAAGUUAGGUUGAUAUCUACUCCAGGCUUGUGAAGACCUCCUCCUGGAAUAGGUGGAUGAGAAAAUUUGCUUCAGUAGCCGUGAAUGUAGCUGAAGUAAGCACUGUGGAGUGUGUAGAGUUUGGUUGGACAUCUAAGACACUAAAGUCAUUUAGGUUCAGUUUCAAUCAUCUAGGUUCAGUGUCAGUCAUGCAGACUUUAGUCUUGCCACAGGAUUUAGAUGACUCUGGAAGAAAGAGUGAGGCUGACAAUUUUGUGCAACUCACUUAAAUCCAAUUCAUACACAAGUUAAAAUAUUACUCUGUGAUGUCACUGGUACUUUUCAAACAUAAGGAUCACCACCACCACUGCCAACUGAUUAAUCAACAUUUUUGACUGUCUCAUCCUUUUAAGUCUUCUUAAAUCCAGCUUUAUUUGUUUUUAACUGCCCUUGCAGCGGGACUAGUAUUUUCUUAUUAGAUAUCCUAGAUCAUCAGUCUUAGAAGGAACCUCAAAGAUCACCCACUUUAAUCCCUUCAUUUUGUGGGUGAGAAAAAUGAGGCUCAGAGAAGAUAUUCAGAUAGUUACCUUCCCAGCUGUGACUUCAUGGCUUCUGGCUCUAAAAUGAAGAACAUAGGUAAGUUCUUCACUUUAUAAGUUGUCUAAGCCUUGGUCAGCAAUAGGUACCAAUUAAAGAUUGCUAUUUUCCCUUGCUAAUCCUAGUAAAAUAUUUGUGUACUGUUGUACUCAUUGAAUUAUUUAUUUUUCUUAGAGACCCCAAUAAAAAAAGAAAAAGAAGAAGAAGAAAUAGUAGUGGAGGAAGAGAUUAUUAGCACUGGAAAACCUACAGAGGGAAAGGCUAAAAAGAGAUUUUCCUGGUUCCGCAAUAUCAAAGAACGCAAGCUGUGGAACUUCUUUCAUUUUAAAAAACAUGACAAACAAGUAAAGAAUGUGCACAAGUGGGAAGAAAUUGAUCAAAAGGUAUUGGAAGAUUACUCUCCUUAUUCUACUGAAGCCCCUAAAACAUUGCCAACAGAGUGGACAAAUAUUGAAGUUGGUAAUUGGUUAUGGAGCAUUGGAAUGGAGGAGUAUGUUGUAAAAUUUUAUUGUAAAGGAAUAAGUGGUGAAAAACUCCUUACACUGGACAAUCGCUCGCUAAAAGAAAUCGAAGUCAACAAGAAGAAAGACCGCCGGAAAAUACUUAAGGCUAUUAAGAAAGUUAGAGAUUUUUGGGAAAAAAAUCAUCAUUUCGUCUUAUUAUAGAAAUUGAUGGAAAGAAGACACAGAACCUGAAAGAUGGCAAAAAUGGAAAAUGCAAUUACUUUUGUUAUAUUGACUUUUCAUCAUUUUACUUCUGUUACUUUUGUUAUAUGAACUUUUAAGGGAUUUUACUUCCAUGUUACUUUUGUUAUAUGAACUUUUAAGGGAUUUUAGUUCCAUGUUACUUUUGUUAUAUGAACUUUUAAUCAUUUUAUUACUGUUACUUUUGUUAUUAUUAACUUUUAAUUAUUUCACUUUCAUGUUACAUUUGUUAUAUGAACUUUUAAGGGAUUUUACUUCCAUGUUAUUUUUGUUAUUAUUAACU